AUGAAUUUUUUAUCUCUUAUUGAUCUGUUUGGAGUGGAGUUGAGAUAAUAAAUUAGCCUUAACGUCAAAAGCCAAAAAUCUAAAUUAGGAGGAAUUAUAUCUCUUUUUAUUUUAGCAGCUAGUUUAGGUUAUUUAGCAUACAUUAUGAAUGAGUGGAUUUCCUUUCGCUUACUUCCCAAGUCAACAAACACAAUGAAAGCCAAUUUGGCUUCUGAAUUAUAAUACGAUGAAGAUCAAAAGUUAUUUGAAUUUUUUUAUUGGAAGUACCAAGAUUAAUAAAUUGAUCCAUUUAACUAAUAAAAUAACAUUCUCACUCCGUUGGGUAUUAAUUUUGAAAAUGGUUUCCCCUCAGCAAUAUUUUCUUUUCUAUCUCAGAAUGAAUCAAUUUCUUAUUAUGGAACAAAAAAAUUUGGAUUAAAUCAGUUUACGUUGUCUCAAAACAGUAAUGGCUCGUCCUUAGAAAAUGUGAGAGAAUUAAUGCUUGUAUUAGUUAGAUGUGAGAAAAAAUAUUUAACUGGAAAUUAGAGCUGUGCAAGCGAAGAGGAAAUUGAUAAUUUUUUUGAUUCUGCUGUGAAUUUUAUUGCAUUCUAGAUUCAUUUACAAUAAUUUAAUUCAGAAACCUAAGAAUUCGAAUUCAUUAAAAAGUCAUACUAUUUUUCUAUAGACAAAGUAAUUUCUUCUUAAAGUUAAGUAUUCCUCAAGCAAACCUAGGCUUAUAUUGACAAUGGUGUUUUAUUAGGGUCUAUAGAAUAAGAAACCUUUGUACAAGAUGCUAAUAUAUUGACAACAUCUGCUUCUAUAAAUUUCUGGCAAAAAAUUCUAGGUAUGGACACUUACCUUAAUAUGAUUUUUCGCCUUGAUCCUGUAUCUCAGGAAUUAAAGAUAGUGUAUCCUAAACUUGGGGAGGUUUUAGCAUAAGUGGGUUCAAUUGCCAAUAUUCUUCUGUUGUUGAGGUAUGUAAUACUCUACUACAAUGAGAAAUUAUUAGAAUAUAAUUUUAUAGAUUAGGUUUUGAGCUUUUAUUUCACUGAUUAUCAAUAAAUCAAAAACUCCAAAGUAAAUUAUGAUAAAAAAGCUUGUGCAGUUUUGGUCGAGUAGGCUUAAAAACGACUUGUUUAUAUUAAUAUCAUAUAUGAACUGUCAAGAAUAUAAUUGUUCUUGCAGUAUCACUUUGGACGUAAAAAGUUAUAAGAAAGUCAUUCAAUGGGCAUUCUAUUAAAGCCGCCCAAUAAAAACUUAAACUAAGAUUUAGAGUAAGCAUUGGCGUAAUGUUAAGAGGAAAAUUUAGAUGAUGAAAAUCAAACUUUUCAUAUUAAAGACUUUUUCUUAUUGAGCUAACCAAAAAACAAGUAGAAGUAAGUAGAAGAAUAAUCUGUUCGUUAGUAUGAUCCGAUAGCUGCUCAGCAAAUAAAUUCUUAGAUUAAAUGA